AGCAGUGUAACUCAAAAGUUCUCUCAACACUAAACAACGAUGAAGCUUCUGGUUGCUCUGGCAGUUUUGGGGUUGUGUUCAGCCCUCCCUGGUUACAGUGGCGGUUUUGGCCAUGGUGGAGGCUUUGGCCAUGGUGGAGGGUUUGGCCAUGGUGGAGGCUUUGGCCACGGCGUAGGCUAUGGUCACGGGGGAGGCUACGGCUACGGUGGAGCUCCCCUUUACGACGGCAUAGUCGUAGACACUCCAGCUGUGGCAGCAGCAAAGGCCCAGUUCUACAGGCAGUACAGCAGACUGGCAGCUAAGGCAGCAGCAGCCCCUGAUAUCAAUGCUUACGGAUAUCCGAGUGGUUAUGGCUCCGGAUGGUACGUUGCUAUGGCAGUUUUGGGGGUGUGCUCAGCAGGCGACCCCCAUCAGGCCUUCGGCUCCGGCUGGGAUCCUCAUGGUAGUGGAGGAGGAGGAGGUUACUACCAGCCUCUAUAUACUGGGCCUUUGGCUUCAUCCGUUCCAGCAGGCAUCGGAGGGAAGGUCAUCCCUGUCUCUGAUACCUACGAGGUGGCUGCUGCUAAGAAUGCCUUCUACCACGCUUACCAGAGGCAGUUGGCAGCCGUUGCAAAAGGUGGCCACAAACAUGAUGGAGUCUCUGGCCAUGGUGGAGGCUUUGGAGGACUUGGCCAUGGUGGAUUGUAUGGUCAUGGUGGAGUCUCUGGCCACGUUGGAGGUUUGGGCAUGGUGGAGGUUAUGGCUAUGGGGGAGCUCCCAUUUACGACGGCCAAGUCGUAGACACACCAGCUGUGGCCAAAGCAAAGGCCCAGUUCUACAGGCACUACAGCCAAGCCGCAGCUGCGGCUGCAGCGGCCCCUGAUAUCGAUGCUUACGGACACCAGAAGGGUUAUGGCUCCGGAUGGUACUAAGCUCGAGGAUACCGGAUGAAGAACCUCAUGUUUAUAUUCAUGUUGCUUUUGUCUUGAGUUACUAGUCUCUAAAUAUAUUGUAUAUUUUGU